AUGAUGUCCUCAAACAUUCUUUCACGUUUCUUACCACCCGCCGAUUCCCCCUCCGUAUAUGAUACAAUCCGAGAACACGAUGCCGGCUCCGAUUCCUCUGAUGUCGAAGAGCGUGCGGGGAUGGCCCCGAUAGGCGACCAGGACAACUUGAGCGAUGGAGAACUCCAAGAUGCAUUGGCAGAUGCACGAGGCAUCGAGCUGUCAAGUUCAACUGCAGGUUUGCUCAGUCGGCCCUCGCAGCAGCCACAUUCCCAGGGCUCUCCAUCAUUCUCGAGGCGUCGGAACCUUUCCAGGCGCCGAGGUGACUCUCAGGGAUAUGAUGAUAACGAUGUACCCCAAUACCUGUUAGUAGAAGAGAAUGACGAUGAGGAUUUGAAGUCACGUCUGCCUCCUCCGCCUCAGAUGAUGCCCAGUCGCUCUCAAACACCGAGCCCUCAACCGUCCCCACUCCCGCAACAACCACGCUGGGGACUUCCACGUAACGAAGUAACGUCAGAACUGAACACUCGUCAUCCGUGGACUCAGUGGUUAGCCAGGCAGCAUCUGAGUCUUGCGAAUAUCGAUCCUAAAAAGAAAGCCAUGUGGCGCUGGGCGAACGUUGAUGAUCUGGAUAAUUUCCUGAAAGAUGUUUAUACCUAUUUUCUCGGUAACGGCUUCUGGUCGAUUCUUUUAAGUCGUGUCUUGAAUCUUUCAACGUUUGCCUUUGUGGUAGGCUUCUCUACUUUUCUCACCAACUGUGUUGACUACCACAAGGUGAGAGGGAGCAAAUCACUAGACGAGAUCCUGGUGCCCCAAUGCACAUCCAAUAUGUCUGGCUCGUCGCUAUUCCUGCUGUGGCUGUUUAGUUUCUUCUGGAUUGGGAAACUGUUCCAGUACAUGCUAGACAUUCGUCGACUUCACCAUAUGCAUGACUUUUAUCUGCACUUGCUUGGGGUUUCUGACGCAGAGGUUCAAACUAUCUCAUGGCAAGAAGUAGUCAGCCGACUGAUGGCAUUACGAGAUUCCAAUCCGUCUACGGCGGCAGCUGUAUCUGCUAAACACCGACGGUUCAUGGGAAGCCAGUCGAAACAGCGGAUGGAUGCUCACGACAUUGCGAAUCGUCUUAUGCGCAAGGAAAACUUCAUGAUCGCCCUGAUUAACAAGGAUAUCCUGGACCUCACACUUCCCAUCCCAUUCCUCAGGAACCGACAACUCUUUUCUCGCACACUGGAGUGGAACCUCAAUCUAUGCAUCAUGGACUACGUAUUCAAUCAGCAAGGUCAGCUUCGAACCUUGUUUCUCAAGGACACCCACCGAAAAACACUCAGCGAUGGCUUACGGCGACGCUUCAUAUUUGCUGGCAUUAUGAAUAUAUUUGUCGCUCCGUUUAUAGUUAUCUACUUUCUGAUGCAUUACUUUUUUCGAUACUUUAACGAGUUCAAGAAGAAUCCAUCGCAGAUUGGAUCUCGUCAAUAUACGCCGCUGGCGGAGUGGAAGUUUCGAGAGUUCAAUGAGCUGUGGCACAUGUUUGAGCGGCGAACCAAUAUGUCCUAUCCAUUCGCUAGCCGUUACAUUGACCAGUUUCCAAAGGACAAAACGGCGCAGGUGGGUCGAUUUGUCGCCUUUGUAUCCGGUGCAUUAGCUUCGGUGCUGGCGCUUGCUUCGGUGGUGGAUCCAGAGUUAUUCCUCGGUUUUGAGAUUACCCCGGAUCGCACCGUGUUGUUCUACCUGGGUAUAUUCGGUACGAUAUGGGCAGUUGCACGAGGGGUGGCCCCUGAAGAAACCGACGUCUUUGACCCCGAGUAUGCACUCCUGGAGCUGAUCGACUUUACCCAUUACUUCCCAUCAUCCUGGAAAGGUCGUCUACACAGUGAUGACGUGCGUAAAGAAUUUGCCGUCCUCUACCAGAUGAAGAUCGUCGUCUUCCUUGAAGAAAUCCUCAGCAUGAUUUUUACUCCCUUUGUACUGUGGUUCAGUCUCCCUAAAUGCAGUGACCGACUGAUCGACUUCUUCCGGGAGUUCACUGUUCAUGUGGAUGGGAUGGGCUAUCUUUGCUCCUUUGCAGUCUUUGAUUUCAAGAAAGGCACGAAUGAAAUGUCUCAAGGUCGGGAGGCUGGUAAACAAGAUCUACGAGCCGAUUACUUCUCCACCAAGGAUGGAAAGAUGCUUGCUUCAUACUAUGGAUUUUUAGACCAUUACGGGGCUCACAAUCACCCGGCGGGCCGGCGACAAUUCCAUCCACCUCCGAACUUACCCACUCUAGCCACUCCCGAGACGGGUGGACUCCACGAUCGAACGGAUUAUUAUCACCCUCGACCGGGUCCGGGAGGUGGAGCCUUUGGCCAGUCCAUUGUCGCAUCACGGUUUAGACCCAUGGCGAUCGGUGAUACCCGCUCUCCUGCUCAUUCCGUACUUCUUGAUCCACAUAACCAGCCAUCGUCAUCUGGGUUCCGUCCCGGUCGAAAUCUAUCUCACCAGCGUCCUCGUCCCGCCUAUUCACAGCAUCCUAUGAUGGGACCUGUUGAAGACGAUGAUGUACCUUCUGAAUUUGCACGUUAUUCUUCAGGGCGGCCCACGGGUGCAGCUGGAGCCUCGAGUGGUGGUCUCGGUAGCGAGGGUGAGAUCGGAGAAUCCUGGCGAAUGAAUUCAUUGGGCAGAGAUGAUGACGCUGGGGAGGGCAACGAUGGCGAAAAUUUGGAGGCCAUUGCUGGUGGAGGCGGGGUGCUGGGUCUCAUUCAGCAAUUUCAGAAGGCUAAUACAGAUGGGCGACGGACUGCAGUGGGGAUCUAG